AGGGCGGCCGCUUUCCCGUGGCCAGACCCCGCCUGCCUGCGGCUGGGCUGGGUACGAGCGGUGGGGCGGCGAGAUGGCGGCUUCGCUGGGGCGCGCGGCGGCCGGUCUUCUUCCCAGAUUGCAGACUUCAGCUCCCGUAAUACGAACUCUAGCAUCAUCAAAUUCCUUUCCUCAAAACAUUCCAAGCUGUUUGUGGAAACUGGGACGACUUAAUCAUGUAGCAAUUGCAGUCCCUGAUUUGGAAAAAGCUCAGUCCAUGUACAAAGAUGUAUUAGGAGCACAGGUGAGCGAGACCGUUGCUGUUCCUGAACAUGGUGUCUACACAGUUUUUGUGGAUCUGGGAAAUACCAAGCUGGAACUUCUACAUCCUUUAGGAGAGAAAAGUCCCAUUGCAAGCUUUCUGCAAAAAAACAAGACCGGAGGAAUGCAUCAUAUCUGCAUUGAGGUUGAUGACAUAAAAGCGGCCAUGACAGAACUGAAGAGAAAAAACAUACGAAUAUUGAGUGAAGAGCCAAAAAUAGGUGCACAUGGAAAACCUGUGAUUUUUCUUCACCCUAAAGAUUGCCAUGGAGUCCUUGUGGAACUUGAGCAAGCUUAAGCUGUAAUAUUCAUAAAUAAAGAGAUAGAAUAAUUGUGAGGUUACUGAGCUGGUACUGGGAAUAUUGAUGUGAUUUUCAGUCUUUUCAAGUUCACUGUAGUUCCCCUGGAUUAAGUACACUCUUGAGUGCUGAAAUAGUGCUGCAGAUUUAGGGUCUUUAUUUUUUUGCUUCUGAUCUGAUUUUUAUAAUUAAUAUGUUGACAUUUCUUGAAUUCUUUGUGAUUCUAAAGACAAACACAUAAGCUGAGU